AUGUCGGCCACAAAGGUGACAGCGGCAACGGCAGCGGGAACACCGGCUAACACCAGAAUAGUGCAGAUGGGUCAGAAUCCUUUCCGCGAAAUCGAUUAUGAUCAGGUGGCCAAUCUGAUCAUCAUCACGCGAGAACUUCAUGCAGGAGAUGCAAUCACCGAAGUGAAUGGGAAACCGGUUACCACUGUCAAAGAUCUGCCAAAUCUGCAGGGCGGAGUAACCCUGAAAGUGAUGCCAACUCCGCUCCAUCAAGGACCGUCAGUAAGUUCGAUCCCUUAA